AUGGACUGUAGAAAAGUCAGCAUCGACAACUCUUGUGAACAUUCUAGAAGUAUGGACUGUAGAAAAGUCAGCAUCGACAACUCUUGUGAACAUUCUAGAAGUAUGGACUGUAGAAAAGUCAGCAUCGACAACUCUUGUGAACAUUCUAGAAGUAUGGACUGUAGAAAAGUCAGCAUCGACAACUCUUGUGAACAUUCUAGAAGUAUGGACUGUAGAAAUGUCAGCAUCGACAACUCUUGUGAACAUUCUAGAAGUAAAGACGACAAGGGCUGGAGCAUGUACAUUGAUGAACAUCGGAGCUGGUUCCUGCACAUGGACGAGCACACUAACCGGACGGAAGGGGGUAUCCGGAGCGGCAGUACCGUCGGCGUCCUCUUAGACCUGAACCAGCACACCCUGAGCUACUUUGUGGAUGACGUCCCUCAAGGACCCGUGGCUUUCGACAAUAUGCAUGGGGUCUUCUUUCCGGCGGUCAGCAUCAACAGGGAUGUCCAGGUCACGUUGAAGGCCGGGCUGGUACCGCCACUGGACAGUGCCAGUGAGCUGGACUACGAAUAA